GCUCAACCACUCCUCGCCCCUCUGAGAAGUUCUAGAGCGCUUCUGUCUGUUGCGCUGUACCCCGUGGUACCUAGAUCUUCCAUUUUCCUACAAAGACUGCGCUACCGGUCCUCCGGCGACAUAACCAUUCAUGGUAUCGCGUUCGGAGUCAUGAAGCUGCCCAGUCGGACUAACCAUCGACGGUAACUGGUACUUCUUGCUCUUCCAACUCUCAACAGAAAGCUUUCCAAUCCCCUCCUUUGCUUCAAGCUCUCAACAUGAGUUUCCUUGACUCUGUUCUCUCGUCACUCCAGUCGGGUAAACCUACCCAAGCCCCGCUGUCUCAGCCUCCCGCGAUUCCGACCUCAUCUUCAACGGUCAAGAAAGAUGAUCGACGAGUGGGAGCAGCACCCCGCGCACCACCUGCCGGGAAUGCGAGUACGGGAAUAAAGCGCAAGGCCGAGGACCAACUGCCUCGACCUUCGAGACCCGAGAGCCAACAAGCUAGCAAGGUCCUUUCUAGCCGACCUGCAGCGUCGUCUGCACCUUCCAAGGUCAUACCAGGAGCCGUAUCAUCGGCUACGGUCAAAUCUGCUUCGCUGAACCCUGUCCCCAGGAGCAGCACAACUCCAACUAGCACAGCUCCACCCGCGAGAGCUGCACCCCCGAAGCCAACAGUGGCAAAACCGACAGUGACCAGACCAACGGCCUCCAAACCGGUAGUGGCCACAACAACCGCAGCCAAACCAGCGGCAACUAAACCGGCGCCAGUUUCAUCUAAGCCGCCACCAAAGGGAUCCUUCGCCGAUCUCAUGAAGCAAGCCAAGGCAAUGCAAGAUAAAGCCCCGGCACAGUUGGGCAUGCUUCGUCACCAAAAGGUAUCAAAAGAGAGACUGAGCAAAGUCGAGCGCAAACGGCGACUGGAGGAGGCCAAGGCACAAGAGAAAGCUGCUCGUUCGGGAAAGCGUCCCGCGCCUGGCCCGGCUACUGCUGGCAAACCUACCGUCAAACGCCGUACGCCCGAGCCUCUCUCAUACAAAGGUACAGCCAAGCCAGCCCCGACACCCGAGCCUGCCGGGUAUCGUGGAACGGCAGGUCGGCAAUCUCACCGUGGCACGACUGACCGUCGGCCGAAUGGCAAACGUCGAAUGGAUGAAUAUCUGGCAACCGACGAGGAAGACGAAAGCGAUUUUGGGGACUACGGCGAUUACGAUAACCUCUACUCUGAUGCAUCGUCAGACAUGGAAGCUGGCUUUGACGACAUGAGGGAGGAAGAAGAUGCGGCCUUGAGAUCUGCUCGCAAGGAGGAUGAGGAAGAAAUGCGAGCGGAGAUGGCCGCGAAGCAACAGAAGCUGGAGCGGCAGAAGAAGUUGGCAGCACUGGCAUCCCGUACCAAGCGGUGAUGUUAUUUCUACAUGCAUCCACGGGUUAUUUCUACACUUUCAUAUGUCUGGGGAGGAGGGUUCUGGCUGAGCAUUCUGAGCGUUUUAUUUCUUCGAGGUGUCUCUAGAUGGGGAGCGUACAGUCCUUUCUUUCCAUUCUUUCGUUUGUGAACACCAUUAUAGCGGGCGUCAUACCAAUACCAAAUCUGAUUAGC